CCGCGGCUGCCGGCGCCGGCGCUCGGGCGCGCGGUGUGGGCGGCGGGGCGGCUGCGGCUGUGGGGCUCUGGCGCUGCAGGCGCCGGCGGUGACGCUUCCGCCGCCGUCGGCGGCGACGAUGAUCUGGCAGACCCCUCUGUCCUCCUGACUCGCGCCCUGGAGCUGCUCACAGAGUGGCGAGCCCCCCAACUGAUCCAGUUCCUCUCCGGCGCCGCGCGCCUGCGCCUCGCGCCCGGCCAGGCGUGGCUGCGCGCCGUCGCGGCGGCGCCCGCGCUCGCGCGCCCGUCGGCGCUCGGCGGCGAGCGGCUCGUGCUCCUGUUGUCGGCGCUCGCGGCGCUCGGGUACGCGCCGCCCGCGGGCUGGGUGGAUGCGAUGGACACAGUUCUUCAGGCGAGCUAUGUCGAGGGCCCCUCGAUGGCGGCGGCGGCGCGGUCGGCGCUCGCGGAGCUGCGCGGACGCGAGGCGCCGUCCGGCGCCGGGGGCGGCGGCAGGGGCUGA